AUGAACUCCGGGCCGGGAGCGCUGCGCCCCGGCGCCGCCGUGUCCCUGCGGGUCUGCGCCGUGGGCAUGCGCCCCGAGGUGCCUGUGGUGUGGCUGUGGGGGACGCUGGGCGAGCGGAACCCUAACUACGUCCGCCUGCGGCGUGAGAUCCAGGCGACGGCGGGGCCGCGGCUGGCAGCUGUCCUGAAGCCCGGCGGGCUGGUGGCUGAGGGGGCUGAGCUGUGCACUGGAGACCUGGGCCUGGUGGAGGUGGUGGGGCUCUGGUACCGCUGCUGCGUGGUGAGUCGGCAUGAGCAGAUCUACCGUGUGUUCCUGCUGGAUGAGGGCUGCACGGUGGUCACCACCCCCUAUUACCUGGCGCGGGGCCGCAAGGAGCAUUUCCACCUGCCGCCGGAGGUGCUGAGCUGUAUUGUGGCUGAUGCCAUGCCCUCCGGAGGGCUCAGGGGGGCACCCAGUGGGGAUGCACCAGCCUACACCUGGACGGUGGAGGCUAUGGAGUUCCUCAGCUGCCUGCAUGGCAAAGAGGUGUCUGGUGUGGUGCAGGCGGUGGUGACACCGCAGCUCAUCGUGCUUGAGCUGCCCCAGCUGGUGGCCCAGAUGUAUCACCUGGGCCUAGCCAGGCAGGUCCCUCCCAGUUGGUUCUGCCAGGUGGUCAGGUGCUGCCUAACUUAUAGCCAAUUGAGGAACAAGCUCAAGGUGCAGCUUCCAGAAUGUUCCCUUGUGACUUCUGCAGUGCCACAGCUUCUCCAUGGUUUGUUGUCCUGUCAGCCUGUGUCACCUGCCUUGGAUUACUUCUACCCACAGCUUCAGUUGGAUAUAACAGAACCUGUCUUAGUGACACAUGUGUCUGACCCAGACCACAUCUUCUGCCAGUUGCAGAGCCUGUCCCAGGAGAUCCGUUGCCUUUCUGAUACCAUGCGCCACACUUACGACCAGUGGGAGCAGGAUUUAUUACUCAAAGUGGGUUCACCCUGUGCUGCCCGUGGCAGAGAUGGCCGGUGGUACCGUGCGCUCCUGCUGGAUCUUAUUGCUGGGGAGCAGGACCAGCAAAUGGCUCUCGUGAUCUUUGUGGACUAUGGCAGGAAGGAGACUGUGACCAGAGCUAACCUGCGCCAUUUGCCAGUGGAGUGUUUUCGCAUGCCUGUGGUGACUUAUGCCUGUGCUCUUCAGGGUGUCUCAGAUGGGGGUUGUGGCUGGUCCCCAUGGCAGAUCAAUGAGCUGAAAGCGUUGGUGCUAGGCAAAGGAGUGAGUGCUCAUAUCAAAGCAUUUGACUCCUUCGAGCACUGCUAUUAUGUGACCCUGUAUGGGGAAAACGGCAUCAACUUGAACCAUCUUUUUGGGGUGCAGGCUUGCUGCCUGGUUGGCCAAACUGAGGCUCAGGAGCAGCUGGAAGUGGAAGAAUCCACAGCUAAAGAACUGGAAUUGCCACCAGAAGCGCUUCCUGUGUCUUUAACAGACGGAGGUUUGGCCUCUGUUUCUGUAGCUGGUGUGCACCUGAAGUUGGGCGCGUUCCAUGAUGCUCAGGUGUCCCACCUCCGGGACCCAUCUGAGUUCUGGCUGCAGCUCCCUCAGCAUCGCCGGCUGUUCAGGCGGCUGAGGCAGCGUAUGUGGAAUUUUUACUCCCACUCCACGAAGCUGGACGAUGCUGGGUGGGACCUACAGACCGGAUCCCUUUGUUGUGCCACUGGGAAAGAGGGUGCCUUUUAUCGAGCGGUGAUCACCAGGGUACUGAGGGAUGGUGGGGUAGAAGUACACCUGGUGGACAGGGGUGAUACCGAAACUGUAGAUCGGUGUGCGGUAAAGGAACUGCUCCCUCAGUUCAGGGAACUACCUGCUUUAGCUUUGAAGUGUUGUUUGGCAGGUGUCUCCCCUCUGAGAGGGAGUUGGAAUGAAGCAUCUGUGGCUGCCUUCAGAGAGAUUGUACUCGACAAGGGACUAAAGGUUCGCUUUUUGAGUGCACAGGGUGACAAAUAUGUGGUUGAAAUUUUUGACCAGUCCCAAUUAGGAGAGAAAAAUGUAAGUAACCUCAUGGCCCAGGGAGGGUAUGCUGAAUACCAGAGUUGUGAAGUGCCCAAGGCUCUCCAGAAGUCAUCUGGUAAGGCUGUGAGCCAGGCCUCUUCCCCAGCAGGUGAUGUGGAGCAAAACCAACUAAAUGCAGGGAAGAAGCUCGGAGAAGAAUCUAAUCUAAAGAGAAGUGGUAGAGCCCUUAAUCCCUGUACAGCUGUGAUGGUCAGAGAGGGCCCUCUUGCAGCCAUUAACAAUUCUAAAAGUACUGACACUCUUCCUGCUCUGGAGUAUGAGGGCAAGGAAAACCUGCCUGUUUCUUGGAGACAGAAUUAUGUGGAAAUGAAGCCAAGUUUCUCUUAUGGAGGUCAAUUAGAAGUGGGAAAUACAGUUGAUGUCAUUGUGUCUUAUUUUGAAAAUCCUAGUUAUUUUUGGUGUCAGUUAAGUAGAAAUUGCCAUGAUCUUAAGGUAUUAAUGGCUAAAAUUCAGGAGUACUGUAAAAAUUCAUCCCACCCACAUACUUGGCCAAGUUCUGUAUGUUUAGCUCAGUACUCAGAGGAUGAAAAAUGGUACAGGGCUUUAAUUAUUAGUGAAGUUACUUCUGCAGAAAAAGUGGAAGUCGUGUAUGUUGACUAUGGCAACAGGGAGUUUGUUUCUCUCGAGAACCUACGCUCAAUUAAUGAACAAUUUCUUAGGUUAGAGGCUCAGGCUUUCAGGUGCAGCCUCUACAACUUAAUCCAACCAAAUGGUCAUGAUCCUUUUGCUUGGGAUGAGGAAGCUAUUCAGGCUUUUCAGGAGUUUGUUGAUACUUCAUCGUCUCGCUUUGAACUGAAGUGUACAAUAUUUGCCUUGGCUUCGAUAAAUAAUGAGCUAUUUAACAUUGUAGAUUUAAUGACACCUUUUCAGAGUGCUUGCAAGUUUCUGACCGAGAGAGGUGUGGCCAGACCUUUGUCUCCUCAAAAGUCUCUGGUAUCCUUGGUUCAGCUUCGUUCUUACUAUUACUCUAUGCACGGUAUCAAAAUUGGGAGUGAGGAGGAUGUUUAUAUUACGCAUGUUGAGGAUCCCUGGACAUUUUACUGCCAACUAGAAAGAUGUGCAGAUGUCUUAGCACAGCUUACCGAGAGCAUUGGUCGCCUAACUGAAACAAUGACCAGCUUAAAAACCUUGCAAAGGUCUGGGAGAUUGUGUCUAGCAAAGUAUACUGACAAUUACUGGUACAGGGGAGUAAUUAUGAAAACAAAACCUAAUAUGGAAGUCUUCUUUGUGGAUUUCGGGAACACGGAGAUAAUAGAGAAGGAUAAUCUGCUUCCUUUACCCAGGGAUGCUUGGGAUAUCUUGCUUUUGCCAAUGCAGGCCAUAAAGUGUUCCUUGUCUGAUAUAUCUAAUGUUCCCAAAGAAGCUACAGCGUGGUUUAAGGAAGCUAUCCUAGAAAGGCAAUUAAAAGCAAUUGUGGUAGCAAGGGAAUCUGAUGGUAAACUGUUGAUUGAGUUAUUUGAUGGUAAAACUCAAAUUAAUGCAAAACUGAAGGAGGAGUUAAGCUUGAUAAACAAUACAGGACUGUGCAGACACGUAGAAGAUGAAUCUUUGUGCUCUCAAAAUGCAGAUGGGAAUGAGACUGCAGAGUCCUCUUUAAAUGCAGGUAGACCUCUUGAAAGGCAAAAACGGGGCUCUGGAGACGAGGGAGGAGGGGAGAGUAGCAAAAGGCACUCCCUUGAAGAUGUAAACCUUUUCCAGCCUGCUACCAAGGAAGAUCUGGCAGCUGGGUUACUAGAAUCUGGUGACACAAUUAGCAGUAAGAAGGAUGCUUUUUUGUUAAAUAAAGCAGGGGAGGAGUCUCUGCUUUCUGUCCAGAUGGGUGUGCAGUCAGAUAUUAAACCUGAUGCUGAAGGCAGGUGUAUAACGCUUGAAAAUGUGUCUGAUCUGCAACAGAAGGUAGUGCCAGCUCUUAAAGUGUCAGUGUAUGUGUCUCAUGUAAAUGAUCCGUUGGAUUUUUAUGUUCAACUAGAAAGUGAUGAGGCUCAGCUUAACAGCAUUUCGGAGAGCCUAAACAAUGGGACACAAGCAAAGAGCCCUUGUGGACAGCUUUUCCAAGCAGGAGACUUAAUCAGUGCUGUUUAUUCAGAAGACAGCCUGUGGUAUCGAGCUGUAGUGAAAGAGAAGACUUCUGACAAUUUAUUAAGUAUACAAUAUAUUGAUUAUGGUAAUACCUCAGUAAUUAAUGUUGAUCAAGCGCACAGGCUCCCUGAAGACUUGUCAUCUAUCCCAGCAAUAAGCAUUCACUGCUUCCUAGGUGGGCUUAAAUGCAAAAAAAAUACAAUCUGGGCAGAGAAAGCAGUGCUGUACUUCACCAAGAGAACAAGUGAAGUUCUGCUGAUGUGUGAAUUUGUAGAGAAGGUUGAGGAUAAAUGGGAAGUUAUUCUCAGUGACCAUCAAGGUAUAAUAACAGUGGAUUUAGCUGAUGAAAAUCUUACAAAUAGGAAAAGGUCUUGUUCAACAGAAAUACUUGAUAGAGAGAACAGUGACGUGGUAACUGUGUGUGAGCCUCUGCCUCCCCAGGCACAAAAUGAAACUUCCAGUGGAAGCAAUUGUAAAUCGUUUAUCUGGAAGCCUCCAGAGGUGGGUCAGACUGUAAAAAUUUAUGUCACGGUGGUAAAUGGUCCAGAAUAUUUUUGGAGUCACACUGCGGAUACAGAAGACAUGAACUACAUAGAAGAAAAAAUAGAGGAAUUUGAAACCUUUGAACUAAAUUCUUUGAAUGAUUUCAGACCUUGUAUUAAAAGUGGUGAUGUGUGUCUGGCAAAAUAUAGUCAAGAUGGAAAGUUCUACAGAGCUCGAGUCUGCAGUGUAGCAGGUGACAGCAUAGUUGUUAGACACGUGGAUUACGGAAGCGAGGAAGCUGUUAGCUUGGAGAUGGUCAGACAAAUGCCCUGUGAAUUGCUCAAAGUACCUAAUCAAGCAUUUGCUUGCUGUCUGUCAGGUUUCAAUUCCUCAGAGGGCUCAUGGCUUAGUGAAGCGAAAGAGAAGUUUUAUAAUAUGACCGAAGACCUCUUAUUAGAAGCUGAAGUAGUAGAAACUCGGGGAGAUAAAGCUUCUGAAGUCCCUCUGUCUGUUGUCAAGCUGGAAGCUGCUGGCAAGAAUAUUAAUGAAGAGAUGAAGCCAUUUUGGAAGGCUAAUAAAGGAACUGGUGACAAUGCUUUCUUAAACCUUGAGAACCCUGUACAGGAAAACAGAUGUUCAAAUAAUGAUAUGGGUCUUUGUCUCAAAAGAGAAACUACAGCUGAGUGUCAAAGCAGCUUUGAUAAAGAGAUACAUCUAUCUGAAGGAGAGAGUGAUAACAGUGUGUUACUAGAACCAACAAGAAGCUGCAGUCUUCAGAUUUCGGGGAGUGAAAUGAAAGCUGCAGAACAAGAAUUAUCUGAAGCUCCUUUGCAAGAGGAUGCUGAGCUGAAAGCAGAACUGACGGGCAGUGCUUCAGCAGCCAGGUUUUUCCCAAACAAUCGGGAAGAACUGCAAAGGUUGCCAGUGCUCCGGGUACAGUCGUCUUCAAGUGAUGAAGCAGGGCCAUUAGCAGAACUGAAUCAAUUAGAAAUGCACUCUUCCUAUGAUGAUCUAAAAGAGCUUGUACUGGAGCUAGAGGCGCUUUCAAUGCAGUCCUCCUUUGGUGAAGAAACAAAGGAAGCUCUGGAAACAGAACCACUUGAAAUGCAGAAAGCUUGGGGCAGUGAAGUGAGAGAGGAGGUGUUGGAACAGGAAUCGUUUGAGCUGCCAGUUGCAAGUGAGGAGACAGAGCAGUUGGCAGCUCUGAAAUUUCUUGAUAUCUUACCAUCGCUUAAUGGGAGAGGGAACUUGGUGCCUUCAGUUAGUGAUGGAGAGAAGACAGACCUGAUGCCUUCUGACAUUGAGCUUUCUCUGGGAGAGAAGGCAGCAAAACUGGAAUUGGAUUUGUCUGGAACUUAUAAAGCAGAAGCUAGAGAAGAUGAUUGGAUGGAAGUAGAGUCUCCUCCCCGAAGGCUGUCUUCAUCAGCUGGUAGAUCUGAGAAACAACCGGAUCUGAAGAGCGAUGAUGUACUGUCAAUGCUAGGGGCUGAAAUCGAGCAGCUUCUGGGACUGGUGCUGCCUAAUGUGCAGCCUUCUCAGGAAGAUGGGGAGGAGGAGGACUUGUUAGGGUUGGAACAUGCUGCACUGCAAAGUUCUGCAAAUAGGGGAAGUCAAUUUCCAUGUCUUACAAAAGACUUAAAUCCGAGGCCUGUUUGCACUGUAAAAUCAUGUGACUGUGAAGUUGAGAAACAAAAGGAGUGGCAGAAGAAGGAGGAUGACUGUUACGUGGAAGAAUGGAUGAAACAAGACUUGACUGACUUAUUUAAAGAAUGUGCAAAUACACUUGUUCCAUCUUCUGACUGUAAGCCUGGGGAUGAAGUAGAAAAAAAGCAAAACAAGAACCUGGCUGACUGUGGUGCAGAACACAAUGAGUAUACUUGUAAUCUGGAGGGCUUUGCUGUUGGUUCCAAGUGUGUGGUGUGGAGCUCUCUAAAAUGGUGCGAAGCUCGCAUUUUGGAAAUAUCUGAAAAAGGUACCAGGGUCUUGAUUCUCUCCAGUGGCAAUGAGGAGAUUGUGGAUCCUGAGAACGUCUGGAACGGUAUUCCUGACUGGGCUGGCAGAUCAUCUGAGGCACUAACCCCUGCAACAGAAAACUUACCAGAGGAGUCCUUACCUCAAGAAAAGCAAACUGGCUGCAGUUCAGAUUUAGCUGAAGAUCCUCAUGUCCUCCAACAUUCCUGAAACCAAGUGACACAUUGGCCACAUGAAGCUGAAAAGUACCUCUUGUAUACAUUUCCAUGGAAAUGUAUUUUGAUGGAAAGAAGAACACAGGCAAAGCAUUGAGCAUUCCUUCUGCUGGACAAAUGCCUGUAGCUACUGUACUUCCCUGUGAAGGAAUGGUGCUUGUGGGUAGACUGUCAUUGUCACCUGGGCUUCUUACAGCUGUACUUUCUUUACUAAAGUAAGGAUUUGCCUCUUGACUGGAAUUCUUUACUGGAUCUAUGUGUGCACUAACUUGUAUCUAGCUGUU